AUGCCUCGAUACCGUCCCGCGACCACGGGAUACGAACGCUUAGCGCAGGCAGACCUCAGCGACGACUCCGACACUGACCUCCUCGCCGAAUCGACCGCAUCUCUCCAGGCCUCGUCUGCGCCUCGAUAUGCUCCCUCCCGCCCUCGCCCUCGGUCGAGCGUCACCAGCCCCAAACUUGGCCCCUCAAGGCCUAAAUUCCGUCGCCGUCUGGGAAGCAAUGGCGGCGUCGACAUCAAAGCCAUCAAUGCCCGGCUGGAACGCUGGGCCGAAGAAAUCGCGGCCAAGUUCAAGCGCAAGGGCAGGCACAGCAUAGGCGAAGAAGAGCGGCUAGAGAUUCACCACUCUGUCUUCCAGGCGCCCGAGGGCGUGCGGCCUAUAUCCGCUGAGGCUCUGGCGGAGGCGCAGCUCAGCGUCAUGACUAAAGCUGAGUUUGAUGCUGUCAUUGAAAGUGUACGGCAGGCAAUCCGGCAAGAGGUACAUCCCAGCAUGAUCUCGCAGGGCAGCUCUGGUAGCUACUUUGCCCGUGAUCCUGAUGGAAAGAUUGUUGGUGUUUUCAAGCCCAAAGAUGAGGAGCCAUACGCAGCAGGCAACCCCAAGUGGAACAAAUGGAUACAUCGAAACCUGUUCCCCUGUUUCUUUGGACGAGCUUGUCUUAUCCCCAAUCUCUCUUACGUUAGCGAAGCGGCAGCCUAUGUGCUUGAUUGCCAGCUACGAACGCACCUGGUUCCAUAUACCGAUGUAGUAUGGUUAUCAUCAAAAUCAUUCCACUAUCCCUUCUGGGAUCGGCGCAGUUUCCACAAGAAGAAGAAGCCUCUCCCUCCCAAGCCCGGUAGUUUUCAAGUCUUCCUCAAGGGCUUCAAAGACGCCAACGUCUUUCUACGAGAGAAUCCCUGGCCGGACCAAUACUGGGCAGGUUUCCGUUCAAAUGAUGCUAAUCGGCAGAAGAGGAAGCGAUGGGCUGAUAAUUGCCGACCAUCUAGUUCUGCUUCUGUGGAUGAUGCAGGAUCUAGCGACGAGGAACACGAUGGUCGCGAUAAUCAAGCCCCGGGAGCCAAUAAAUUCGUAUGGACAGAACAGCUAAAGCAGUCGUUCCGGGAGGAACUAGAGAAGCUUGUUAUCCUGGACUAUAUCAUGAGAAACACGGAUCGUGGCCUUGAUAACUGGAUGGUCAAGGUGGACUGGGAGACGAACACAGUAUCGCUGGCGUCAGACCCUGUGCAAAUUAACAUGGAGCCCGUCACAGAGGAAGAUGAAGAACAGAUUAAUGUCCGCCCUAUUGGCGCCUCUGAGAUGCCGCCCCAGCCCACUCGAGCCUCAUACCCUUACAAGCGCCAGAAUCCCAUGAAGGCGUCCUCUCCCCGCGGGAAAAAAGAGCCGAAUAUGUCACUCGGUGCUAUUGACAAUUCGCUCUCGUGGCCCUGGAAGCAUCCAGAUGCUUGGCGAAGCUUUCCCUUUGGCUGGCUAUUCCUCCCGGUUGAUCUCAUCGGCAGACCAUUCUCACAAAAGACCAGAGAUCAUUUCCUACCGCUCCUCACUUCCACUGCGUGGUGGAGCGAGACACAAAUGGCCCUGAAGAGGGUAUUUCAAAUGGACGAAGAUUUCCAGGAGCGCAUGUUUGCCAAGCAGAUUGCUGUCAUGAAGGGCCAAGCCUGGAACGUUGUAGAGGCUCUCAAGACUCCGGAUCACGGCCCACUGGAGCUGACUCGCCGAGCAAAAGUCUGUGUAUGGGAUGAUCUCGUCGAUAUACCGGUUGCUGUACCAAUGAGAAUGACUUCGUCAGAGAUGCGCCGCAGCACUACUCAGCGACAAUCAUUGGACGAAGCUGAUAUCACGGGCUCCAUCCCAACGAACAGGGUUCCUGUUGAUGAUCUUCUUGGUCUUGCCUCAGCGCCGGCAGAAAUGCCUCGAUCUGGUAGAUUUGACACGGCGAGUCCGCCGAAUGAAUCUCUUCUAGCCCCUGAUGAGUCAUCCGAAGCUUUUGGCUCUGCCAAACUGUCGGUGGAUUCCCAAUCCCAAUCUAAUAGAGGCUAUCAAGCCCCAGGCCCUGCCCGCACUCUCAACAUGUACGAGCCAGAACGCAGCCAAAAUCAGAAGCAUCAGCGGCGGUACUCGUAUGCCACUCCUGUAACGCGGCAGCACAGCAAUAGUAUAGCUCAACAGCUGUAUGGGGACAUUUCGUACCGCGCUGAUGACGACGACCUCGAAGGGGACCUCGGCUAUGCCACCGCCGAAGGACAGAUGAGCCAUCAGAGAAAGGUCAUUGUGGAGAGGCUGGAAGCAGUCAAAAGCAGGAACCCUGUUUUCACAUGGUGUUAG